AUGGCGGCGAGUCUAUUCCAACAGCUGCACACAUAUCUCGUCGAUCUGAUCAACCGGCCAAUCAACUUCCUCUUCCAGAUCUGGCAAUAUAUAGUCGCCCUCAUUUUUGCGCCCAACCCUCCGCCGCCCCAUGCAGAGCUUGGUCGUCCCAAAAUCGCCAUCAUCGGCGCAGGUAUCACUGGCGUGUCCUCAGCAUCCCACUGCGUUGGCCAUGGCUUUGACUGCACCAUCUUCGAGGCCGGCCCGCGCGAGCACCUCGGCGGUAUCUGGGCCAAGGUCAACAACACCAGUGGUCUGCAAAUCCAUUCGAUCAUGUACCGCUUCUUUCCGUCUGUAACCUGGAACCAAGGCUACCCCAACCGGCGACAGAUCGUCACUCAAGUAGAGCAGCUAUGGAAACGCUACCAUCUGGACGAGCGCACCAAGUUCGAUACGAGAGUCGAAAAGGUCUACAAAGACCGCCAAGGCCGCUGGAUCAUCAAUGAUGAAUCAAAUGGCCGCUUCGACGGCGUCAUUGCUUGCAUCGGCACAUGUGGGGACCCCAAGAGUCCACACAUACCCGGUCAAGAAAAUUUCAAGGGGCCCAUCUUCCAUUCCUCCCAGCUCGACGGUAAAGAUGCCAAGGGUAAGAAAGUCCUGGUUAUCGGUGGUGGCGCCUCCGCCAUCGAAGCUCUUGAGUUCGUGGCCCACGAAAACGCAAAACAGACCUACGUUCUCGCCCGGAGCGAGAAGUGGAUCAUCCCACGCAACCCCAUCAUUGACAUGAUCUUCGCCCUGAACAUCUUCGGCGCGGAGACUUACGCCUCCGUCAUCCCAGAAACGCUGCUGCGCCUCUUCUUCUACCGUGACCUUGCAGACCUCGCCCCGCCCAAGUCUAGUGGCAAAGGCCUCUACACCGAAACGCCAAUGGUUAACAAUGACGUCCUCGAACAAGUCCGCAGCGGCAAAGCCAAAUGGCUGCGCGGCGACAUCAAGCACUUCACCGAGACCGGCAUCCUCUUCAACCACCGCGCGCAGGGCGUUCCGAAGGACGGUCCCGGCCGCGAAGAGCUGAUCGAAGGCGACCUUUGCAUCCUCGCGACCGGUUACCAGCGACCAUCUCUCAGCUUCCUCCCCUCGGACUGCUUCGAAGAGCACUAUGAGCCGCCAAGCUGGUACCUGCAAGUCUUCCCACCUAAGCAUCCCGACAUCUGCGCCAACAACUGCACGUACGUUAACGCGAUCGGUACCGUCGGUAACUUCCACGUUGGCAUCUAUACCCGCUUCUUGCUCAUGUUCCUCGUGGACCCGCUGGCUCGGCCAAGCGAGGCGAGGAUGAAGACAUGGAUCGACUUUACACGGUGGAUCAAGCGGAGGGUGCCGACGGGUGCAUUUGAAUUCUUCACGUACUCGGAGUUGAUUUACUGGUUCGUCUUCAUUAUUGUGGUCAACCCCUUCCGGUGGAAGUGGGCGCCGUUUGUGCUAUGUGGGCUUUGGGCUGGAUUGCCGAAGACGGUUGUGGAGCAGGAGGAUAAGUUGAGAAAUGGGUUUCUGGCCGCGAGGGAUAAGUCUCACUAAAUCACAAUAUGAUGAUGGCGUUGGCAGCGAGUGACGGCGACAAGCGCAGGUUGGAGCGCAGCAACAUAGACUCAACGUACACGACGACAGCGAUGGUUUGGAAUUCGAACGUAUUGUACGAAUACAGUGGUCGACGGCACCUAUCGUGUGGAUUAGAACAUUCUGCUAAAGUACUAACAUCAAUGUAUACGUUUCGGGCUUGCCGUCUCUAGGUAAGCUCCACCUACUGUUUUCACGCUGCAGCUGCCUCGGUACGCGCAGUGCAUACAAGACCUGGAGCUUGUCACGGGGCAGAGCUCCUGCAUCCGC